UGUCGUGGCGACGGUAGUCUGGUCCGUGGAAUUACCUGUGCGUUGUACGAGCGAAGUUAUUCGUAACAUUCCUGAAGGGGGGUUGUGUUAAUACGGGAGUGAGUAGUUUAGUGCAGUGUUUUUAAAAAUCAGUCAUGGUAUUUGUUCCACCGCAGCAUUUGUUUGUUUUGAAUACCUGUAAAAUCUCCAGCCUCAGGUGAGAAUGUAACCUUCACACAUCAAGAUAGGUUUACCAUUUCAUUCACCACUUAUGGUUUUGGAUUAUACAACCUAACAAUGGAAUUCGGUUUUACGCCAAACAGAAACCAAAUCACGGUUAGAAGAAACAAAUCGUUGGAAAGACGCUGGAGGACGUUAAGUGGGAUUUUAUUUUUCUUGUGUGUUUGUGAAGUGACUUGUGAUUCUGUGAGUGUUCCCGAUGCUAACCCUAGCUGGUACCAAUACUCCACCGAUCCUCCGGGGAGUGGCACGGAGAUCUCGCAAGGGUUCAUCACAAGGAAGCAGCGGCUGGAAAAGUCAUUGAGUCCUUUCAUAUUGAGGGGUGAUUUGGUGAUAGAAAGAGAGGGUGAACUCGUCGUGGAUCCUGGGGUGGAGGUCAGAUUCGCACCCAUGGUUGGGAUUACCGUCCGAGGAGUCCUUACAGCAAGGGGUCUGCCGGAUCAGCGGAUUGUGUUCAGCAGUCUGUCCGAGCCAGAGCGGAGUCCAUCGCUGCCUCAGCUGCGACUAGUAGACGGACCGUCACCUCUCUCCGGCCGCCUACAGAUUCUUCACAAUGGAGCAUGGCGGGAUGUGUGUUCCAACAGUAGAAAUUGGACCAGAGCAGACAUGGAGGUGGCGUGUAGACAGCUUGGCUGGCAAGGCGGGGCCUGGGGAGGCUGGUAUGACCGACAGUGGGGUGUGUCUCGCCCCCGCUUGCUGCUGGAAGCCCCGUCUUGUCGGGGCAACGAGGCCACGCUGCAAGAGUGUGAUUGGAACAGUCGACAACUUGGUUCUGGAGUCUGUGACUUCCAUCCAGACCUAGGCCUGCAGUGCCUGCCUUACCACGAGACCUCAUCUUCUGUCGUACAUCACUGGCGAGGAUUGAAGUUCCAGUACGCUCAACAUGACGAGAAUCUGGUCAACUUUAACACUCUGAGACUCCCUGUGUCACAGUCAGAGCUGGCCUUCGUAGAUAUCAGGUUUGCAGGGUCAGGUAGGGACUACAACGCCAGUUCAGCUCUGGAGGUUGAAGGUAUUCCUCCCAGACUGGUGUCCGUGACAGUGGCUCACUCUGCGUAUAAUGGAGUCAACUUCACCAACCCACAGGCUCCCUUCACUGUACACAACUGCACCAUCAUCAACAACAGAGGUUAUGGAGUUUACAUCAACAGUUCUACAGGGGGAGUCCAACUCAGUGGUACAACAGUCUCUAGCAACGGAGCUGAUGGUAUAAGGUAUGUUCACCACGACCAGACACAUUUCUUGAGAGAUGGUAUACAAGACAUCUGUACAUUCCCCUCCACUCUACACAUGAUCUUCCCAGUGACCAUCUCAUUAGCUCAGAGCCUCUACGGGUCAGCCAGGGAUUGUCAUAAGACAUUUUCCACCACUAGUGACCAAGUGCUGACCAUACAGUUCCUCUACACAGUGACAGAUCGCAACGACAGCACCUCACUCCUGAUGUUUGAUGGACGGACAGCCUCAAGUCGACUGCUGGGAUCUGUAAAGUUCCGCAACUCUAGCCGACCCCAGAGUGUUACCACAACUAGAAACAAUUUGUUCCUCGCUUUCUCUGCGGAACAGUUUACUCAGACGGAAACUCUUAUCAGGAUCACAACUGAACGACGUGAGUUACAUCGUUACUACUACUAG